AUGUUGGACUUGCCAAGUCUCGGUGUCUCUGCCAAUGAAAGACGCAGCCAGAAGGCUUCCAGAACGAUAGCAAAAUCAGACGACAGUGGAUCCUGGCAGUCUAGCCAGUGCCCCCAAGUGCCACCCACAUCCGGGGAAUUGGCUAUCACGGAGCGCCGCGUGCACUCGGCGGCGACACUCGACCUGGACGAGGUUCCUCUUUUUUGGCGACCCAGACCGAGAGGGGUUUUUUCCUCGCUGGCGCGCAACAGAAACGAACGAUGGGCACCGACCGGUCAGAGCUCGGAUCAAGGGAAGAUAAUGACAGACCGGAACGCCGAUUGGCAACAAAUGGAAACCGGGAGCAGACCGCGGGGGAGCGCGCCGCGUGGGUACCUGCGUGUGCGGCGAUGGCUCCGCGCGCGGCCUCCGUGUUUGUUGUAUUGA